AUGGCUACGGGUAUGGUAGUAACACAUAACUUUCAUGCAACAGAUGACGAUAAGGAUUUCGAAAUUUUUUGUCUAAUCUGGCUUGAUGCCAAUACCAAUGCUGAAGAUAAUCGAAACACUGAACAAGAUUUACGUUCCAUUAUCAAUCGUCUCAAGAAAUUUCAAGAUGCCAAGGAAUGUCAAAAGUAUAUUGAAGAACGAUCACAACAUGAGCGAGUCGUCAUGAUUGUGAGUGGUACAUUGGGACGAGAAAUAGUCCCUCGUAUUCAUAAACAUCGACAAGUUAUAUCAAUCUAUGUUUAUUGUUUCGAUAAGACAAGUAACAAAGAAUGGGCUGACAAAUAUGGAAAAGUAAAAGCUGUUGUCACAGUACUGGAUGAACUCAUUUCUCGAAUUCAAGCAGAUCAUAAAAUUCAGAAAUUAGUAGAAGAACCGUUGUCCAUUAAUGUUUUUAAUAACAGUAAUGAUGCAGGGAAAUCAACUGGUAGUGUUAACGGUAAAUUUGUUUAUUAUCAGGUUCUUAUCGACUGUCUUCUGCGAUUAAAAUCUACGUCAGAAGAUAUUAAUGAGCUUAUUAAGUAUUGCAAAGAUAUAUAUGAAGGCAAUCGUUUUGAAUUGAGCAACAUUCGUGAAUUUAAAAAUGAUUAUUCGCCUGGCAAAGCCUUAUGGUGGUACUCACGACAAAUGUUUUUUUACAAGACUCUUAACGCAGUACUACGCACUGAAAAUAUACAUAUGAUAUUUUUAUUUCGUAAAUUUAUCGAUGAUAUUCAACGUUUAUUAAUGAAGCAUCAAGUUGAUUGUCGUGUUCGGGUUUAUCGAGGACAAGUGAUGUCAAAAAAUGAACUAGAAGGUUUAAAAAAAUGUUGUAAUCAAUUUAUUUCAGUGAAUUCAUUUUUUUCUACCAGUACUAGUUAUCGACAAGCUCUUUCAUUUCUUAAUAUUCCUAAGGACGCAGUCGAUCUUGAACCAAUCAUAUUUGAAAUCAUUGCUGAUCCUAAAAUGGCCGGUACCAAACCAUUUGCUGACAUCAGUCGACAUAGUGAAUUUCCUGGUGAAUCGGAAAUACUUUUCAUGUUAGGCUCUAUUUUUCGUUUUAAUAGUAUCAAACGCAAUGAUAAUGAUCAAGUAUGGAUUGUUAAAAUGACUUUAUGUAAUGAGAACGAUAGUGAUUUAAAAAACGUCCUAUUACAUAUGAAAGAACAACUUGAAAGUGAAGAAAUUAAUCUUUACACAUUAGGAAGACUAGUAUGGAACAUGGGAAGAUUCGAUUUAGCUGAAAAGUAUUUACAUACAUUUUUGAAACAAAUUUCAACAAAUGAUCCAUUGCUUGGUAAUCUGUAUGAAGAUCUCGCGAAAGUAACAUCGCAAGUUGGUGACUAUGACAAAAGUGUUCAAUGGCGACAAAAAUCUCUUGAAUUCAAAAAAUCAAAUCAAACACUUGUUAGUUCAAGCACUAAUGUCAAAAAGAGUAUUGCGAUAAAAACUAUCAGUUUUGCUGCAUAA